CCCAACCCCCUGGGGAACCUGACAUUCCAUCAGAGCCUGCCAGCCAGCUGGUUUGAAGCCUUCUGUGCGGGGGGCCUGGCCCCGGGCUGGAGCCUGAUGGUCCAGGGACAAGCUGACUCCAGAGAGGACAGGUUUGAGAUCAACUUCUUGUCCGAGGCGGGGGACAUCGCCUUCCACGUCAAGCCACGAUUCUCCAGUGCCACUGUGGUGGGCAAUGCCUUCGAGGGUGGCCGCUGGGGCCAGGAGGAGGUGUCCAGCAUCUUCCCACUGGCCCUGGGGGAGCCCUUUGAGAUGGAGGUGAGCUCGGACGCCGAACACUUCCACGUCUACGCGCAGGAGCACAAGGUGCUACAGUUCCCGCACCGCCAGAGGCCGCUGGCUGCCAUCACCAGAGUGCGGGUGCUGAGUGAACACCGCCUGGCCCAGGUGGAGCUGGCCAAACGGAGCCUAAGCUGGGGGGAUGGUGGCCGGUGAGCUGCACCUGCAGUCCCAGGAGUGAGCCUUGGGCUGUCCUUCAUCCAGAAGCCUGGAGCCCCCUGGA